AUUUUGCAUGAGAACAAGCACACAAAUCCGAUAAAGGAAACAAUUCUAUAGCAACCAAAAACCAAUUGCUGCCUUUGCUAGCAACCAACCAAACCAAAACUACACCAACCAAACCAAACUCAAGAUGCCCUCUUUGACUCCCGAUACACGCAAAGAAGAAGUCAGCAAUGAUGCCAUGAAAGAAGGACUUUUAAAUGGACUCUUUACAUUGAUUCCGACCACGGGCGCCAUGUAUGUGGCAGUAAAGCAGUCUCCCUGGUUGCGUCGUUCGACCAAUAUGCAGGCCCGCACAGCGCUGUGCAUCAUGCCGGCUCUAUUCGUCUUUGGCUUUACGGCGGAAGAAAAGGUGGUCCAUCGCAUGCGAGAAAUUGCCAAGGAAAAUCAACACUCCCAUGAUUCCGUCGCCUGGGCGGAACGACGACUCACAAAGCGCACGGGGCCAUUGGCGGAACAACAGGAAGAAUUGAACGCGCUCUAUCGAAGGGCCGUUUACGAAAGUGGGGUCCGUGUCGUUCCCGGCAAUCAAUUGUCGGUCCAUCACAUUGCCGCCAAUUACGUGGCCGAAAAUCCAUUCAAAGUCUUGGCCAGUUUGGCCGUGCCGGGAGUGGCGUGGAUCUUUUAUGGACGUGCCGGUCAGGAGCACUUGACCUUUAGUAUGAAGGUCAUGCACACUCGUGUCUUUGGACAAUUCGCCACCAUCUCCAUGUUAUUGGGCGUCAUGGGAUUCAAGGAAUUUAUGGAUCACAAUGGACGAUUCAUUACCGAAGCUCAAGCCGAAGCGCGUGUCGAGGAAAUGCAGGACUUGCGUGAUCAAAUGUUGAAGCGAUUGGAAGCUUCCAAUAUGGCCCAAAAGGCAUACGAUGAUGCCAUUCAACAGGCUCACAAAGAGGAUGUACAGGAAGGACAUGCCGUCGAGCACAAAAAAGUGCAUCACAAGAAAAAGCAACACAACGACAACCAAGAGGUACAUGCCACCAGCACUACCAUGGCUCACUCUCCCAAGGCUUAAAUGCAUGGUUGGUUUGAAUGAAGUGGCUGGCUGUGGAAGUAAUGGAGGAGGUUGGAGACUGAGGAACGACGACAAUGAACAGAAACUGUGAGAUGAAUUAAACAAAUGGAACGGGCUGCCAAUUAGAACAAUCAACUUGGGUGGCAUACAAAAUGUUUGCAAAUAGUAUUGCAGAAACUCAACAAAACGUCACAACAACGGGAGGGAUUGAACGACUGACACAACAACAACAACAAACAGAGAACGAGAAGCGUCAGUUAGCGAGCACUUAAUCCUUCAUCAUAAGAUGCAUGUUUUUUCAACGCAACUUGUCUUGUCUAGUC